AUUUCUAUAAUUCAUACCCGUGUAGUGCUACUGUAUACACACACUCCCCGAACUUCUUUGAAGGAAAUAUGCCAGAAUUGCUUGAUGUCAGUUUACUAAACUCAUCUUCCUAAUAGUUCCUUUUUGGUCACUAUAGAUAUCUGUUGUUGUAACAAUGCAUGCUAGAUUUAGAUGUCAUAUGAAUCUUUUAAUAAAUCUUGAAUGAGUUGAGAUAUCUUCUCCAGGAAUAUCAUUUCUUCUUCUCUUCCUGGGCUAGCGAUACACAACUUUUCUUGGAGCAGUGAGGAGUUUCAACCAUUCUUGGCGCAGGAACUCUGAAUACUCUCUGACAGAUGUAUUAGUUAGCAUGGACUUUUAUCAUCCUUAAAACUUGUGUAGACUGCUAUCUGAUUGUCACUAGCCUCUUGUAUAAACGUUCCGCUUUCAGUGUUUUGUCUGCCCUAUGCGCUACUCAGGUGUCGGUCUCUUUCGAUAUAAAUUACAUGCUCUAAUUAUUAUGAAUGGCUUUUGAUCUGUGGAAUGCAUUCCUUUCUAUUUAUAUCACUUGCUCUGAUCUGAUAUAUUAAAUGUUGCUUUUGGUCUAUUUCUUUGUGCCGAGCUUGAUGCGCCUCAAUUGUAUUGCGUGAUAUUUACUUUGAUUGGGAAAUUCAUGGUGCAUUGCUUUGGGUGUUGAACCGUGCAUUGAUUGCAUACUGCUCCCUAUCUCGCUCCUAUCACAAUUGUUAUCCUAUCACAAUUGUUAUCCUAUAAGAAUGCAUAUGCUAAACCUAGAUUCCUACUAACUUAGCAUUACCUGUUUGAUUAAAAUGUUCGGACCGGCACCCUCGCGCCUUGGCGCGAUCCCGGUCUAUGUGUUAUUUGUCGACAGGUUGUAUGAUUCCUCUUGACACUUUCUUGCUUUUAUACAUGCUCUGCAUUUUGAUCUGCUGCAGCUCGAGUUCAGGGUGGAUAAAUCAUACAAGCUGACUGUGCCUACAACUGGGAACCCGAUAUAUGCCCGAAUUAAGGUUAGUAAAAAAUUUUGUACUCAAUAACUGCCUAUCAACUCCUUGACUGCAUGUGUUCUUCUUAUGUGAAUGCAUGAGAAAAAGGAGAGAUGAAAUCCUAUUUUUAGCGAGACCCAGACCAAAAAAUGUAUGGGCCACACAAAGUUUAGUUUAAGACUAUGUAUCAAGAUGAUAUGGCACACAGAUGAACCGGGACUUAUAAAGUGCCCUGUAUCAUACAAAUGGAUCUGUGGUAUACAAAAUUAGUACUUAAGCAUUGGCAUACAUACAUGAGAAAAAUAGUAGAAGUAUUGUAUUCGUGCAUAUCUAUUUUGGAGCCCUUCACUUGCUGACAUGAGUGACAUCUAAGAAUCAAAGUCCACUGAUGAACAAUUAAUUAUAAAUGCACUAUAUAUCAUUUCUCUUGGGGAUUAUUUGUUAGUUUCUCUGACAUUAACUGUAAAAUGCGUAUUUUCAUUAUUUGACUGAUAGUCUAAUACUGAAAUUAAACAUUUAUUCUUCGAUAAUAUGUGUGAGUUGUGGACUUCCUGCCCUUUUAGCACAAAUAGACAGGACGUACUUCAGAAUUUAGUUGGCAUCAGAUUAAUCUUACUUUUUAUUUUGAGAAGGAAAGAGUACCCUGUUGAACCAACUCUUUGGGCUAAUUUUAGGGAGAUGGAUGUGUUGAGGGGAAGAUGCAAAUCAAAGAACUUAAUAGGAGAAUUAUUUUGGUCUAUCUCUACAAAGGUGUUCCAAUGUUUGGUCUCUACAAAGACUAUAUACAAGAGGUUCAGCAAAGGAGGACUCAAGUUUGCAACCACCACAAAAAUAAGUCUAUGGAACAAUAGUGUGUGGCUGUUCUGUGUAAUUUUUCUCUCAUCGAGGGGUAUGUCAAGUGUAAGUGCAGACACAUUGUUGAUGUUGAAUACUGGAGUAAGAAUGAUGAUCAAUGCUCUAAUGAACCUGCAUGAUGUUGCAUUACUAUUAGGAUAUAGGAGGCUGACUUCUCGUGGCAUCGCUAGAUCUGGUGGCCAGCCGUUGUCGUUGCCUGUCCUCUUUGACGCGAGACCACAUGGAGAAGGGGCUCGUGGCAGCGCCUGGAUCGGUGGCCAGCCAGCCGGCAUCAUGGAGCUCGACAUGUCUCAGGCCUGUUCGCCACAUAACUUACAGUCCAGGUCGUUGACAUAUUCGGGUUCUAGGUCACAAAAACAAAAUUUACACUUGAUUUAUCUAGCUCAAAAUAUUUUGGCUCAGCAAUUUCAUGCAUUAGAUAUCUUUUUGUGAAUUCUACAGUUUGUAGCUUCGACCUAAAUUUGACAUUCGUUUUAGUCGACUUACACUCCUGGAUGUUUUCAAACUGAUAUUAUUUUCUAAGUUCAAGUUUGCACUUGGAUCUAUCAGAAUUAGAAUAUGCAGAACAUGUUUUGGAGAAGUACAUGUUUUGAAGCUUCAGUGCUUUAACCAUUUGUUUUUAUGAGAUGUCAGUUUAAAAUUAUUUGUUAUAGGAAAGCAGAAAGAAACUGAAGUAACUUUUCAGUGGUCAUAAUUUAAUAGCAUAUCCUAAACCUGAAUUACUACCGA